AUGAAUGCCGACCGUGAUGUUGAAGAAGCAAAGAAGUUUGCAUAUCCGAAUCCACUGCAGCUGAUCGCCCAUACAACAUCGCGACCAUGGUCGGCAUUAAGAGCACCAACCAUACCCUGCGCACUCGAUCAGUUCGACCGUCUCGGCGUGGAUCCUUUUGGAUUACCCCUGACCCUCGCCCAACUCAUCCAGCGAGCCGAGGACACCGUCUUCAUGUUGGCUGCGGGUCCAACCAUCCAGCGCCGUAGCAUUCUACUAUACCGCCUCGAGCAUGCAGAGGUGCUGCUCCUCUUUCUGGCCGGCAACGAUGACCUUAGCCUCAUCGGUGAGGAGCGUCAAGCCGCCUUCUAUGCUAACCGCGCUGAGUAUCGAUCGCGCUGGAAUCUAAACCAGUUGAUCGACGGCCGUCUCGUCACUCUUGCAGACGACAGUCUGUACAUUGCCUGCGGCGUCAUCGCUACCGUACCCUCCAUCCAAGGCCGUGAACCAGUACUUCACCUUGCUUGCCCAAGUGCCUACCAACCCACGGUCGCAAACAAUGCCCACCCGUCCCUCACCGACACCUCCACGAGCAACCAACCCGUCCCGCCACCGACCACCGAUGCUUCAUCCUCUCCUCAUCCGGCUCGUGGACGGUCGCCGUAUGAGAUUCAGAGCACCAGCGUCCAUCAACACGGCUCACCGAGAGCGCAUCGACACACGCAAGAAGCUUUCGCCGGCAGCUAUUAA